AUGACACAGCCACUCUCUCCCUUAUCGCCAGCAUCUGGCAAUGCUCGCGGACGCUCUCCCAUGGUCCCACCACCCACAGUCCGUCGUCGCGGCAUUGACGAGAUCGUAGCAACCGACUACGACAAGGAGAACGAUUCGCCGAGCCCUCCCAAGCGGGCAUUCUUUUCCUACGACGGAAACGCAGACGAUAAAUAUUUUGACUCCAAGUACUCUACUGCCCGCAGUCAACUUGACAAUAUGGACGAUAUGACUGAGGAUUUCAACGCCGGCCCACCCAGCUCCCCGUUCCAAUUCGAUGCGCGAGAUGAUACUGUGGAUAUGGAUAGGCUGAAAGCAAUGACAGCAUCACCAUCGCGUGUGAAUUCAUCAAGAGGUGCUGUCCCAGAGGUCUACGUGGAUGAAGAAGAUAGACCGGACAGUGAUCGUCAUAGUGAAGCGAGCUCCGAAAGGAUUUUUGAAGAAACCGAUGAGGUACACGAAUCACACACGACUGUGACGAAUGAAAUGCCUGAAAUGGAUGACCAGAGCAUUAUUCAUCAUCAUGCGGAGAGGUCUCAGAUCGGCAGCAGUAUGAUAGACGAGAGACAUAACGAAGGAAUGAGCACGGUAGCCCACGGCAUGACCAACGUUCCAGAACACGACUUCAUGGAUGAUACUUGCCUGAGCACCUUUUCUGCCGUGCCCAAUGUGGACAUGACCUUGUUCGCGAAGCUUAGAGGUUCACCUACGAAAAGGCUGAAUGAUAUUAUGGAUCCGUCUGCAAGCGUUCAUGGCUCUCCUUAUUCCCGCCGCGCAAAUCCAUCCACGCCCAAUACAAUAAAAAGAAGGGGAAUGGAUUAUAUGGAUGUCUCCCCAACUCCGCAGAAACGAGGGGAUCCCGGUAACGGAGAAAACGCGGACCUUUUGGAUUUCACAGACUCUGUCAACUACUUCCGCCGAGUGUCCCAACGCUUCUCGACAACGAACCAUCGAGCUUCGGUAUCUCCUCGACGACGAUCACCGCUAAAGCCUCGUGAAUCGAUGCGUUCGCCUUCGAAAUACAACCUGCUUGAUUUCGACCUUCCGCCUCCUUCAACACCGAUGUCUGUCCCUUCCAUCACGCCUCGUGAAUUAGAAACCCUGAAAUCCGGUUUCUUGUCGGAGAUAUCAUCUCUAAAAGCCACUCUUAGUGGCAAGGAAGCAGAAGUUGGAAGUUUGAAGCAGGCUGUGUCAGAUGCCGAGCAUCGAGUCGCAGAAGCGCUUGAAGAGGUUCGCAAUGAAGCCAUCAGAAAAGAGGCUUUGGAGGUAGAACAGGCAGAGUGGGAGCGACGAGGCAAGGAAAUGGAGUCUGUCCUGCGUCAAGUUCGAUCGGAAAUUAUCGAUGGUGAAAGGGAACGUGAACGCCUUACACGGAAGGGAGAGGAAGCCGAGAGGCAUAGAGAGGAUUUGGAAGGAAGAAUUGUCGAGCUCGAAAGCCAGCUGGAUGCUUCUCGGAAAGCUGCGUCAACCGAUUCGGAGCGCUCUGCAGAGGGCGACAAUACCGGCAUGAUCACCGCUGAACAAUCCGCAAAGGAAGUACAGGAAGCUGUGGAGAGGGUUGCGCGCGAGCUUCAUACCUUGUACAAGGGGAAGCACGAGACUAAGGUUGCUGCUCUGAAGAAGAGCUAUGAGUCACGGUGGGGGAAGCGUCUGCAUGAGGCAGAGAACAAAUACCGUGAAGCCACCGAUGAAAUCGACCGUCUCAAGACAGAGCGUGACACUACCAUGUCUGGUCCCGUGAACCCAAACAUGAGCGUUCUGGGACGCGACAACGAUGAACUUGAGGCAGAAAACAAGGUCCUUGGUGCCCAAAUCAAGGGUCUCGAGCAGCAAAUCACCGCCGUCAAGAAUGACAAUGAGCAGCUACAUACUGAACUCAAGAUGGAGCGGGCCGAGAAGGGUGAGCUGGUUGCUGCUGUAGAUGAGUGGCUCGCUAUCCAGCAACACGGCCAACAGCAACAACAACAACCACCGCAGCAGACGCAAUCCAUGCCAGCCUCACGAGAACCAUCGAUUUCCUCAACACACUCUUCCACCCCCAGCGAACAACAGUACGAAGCACCGCUCAAGGAAAUCGACCUAAUGGGCGGCACCGAGCCCGAGCCCCUUGAGACUCCCCAACCCGAGCAACCUGUAUUAUUCAAACGCAGUAUUAGCCGUACGGGGCUAAGCGGUCUACGCCCACCAUCCUCAGGCAUUGAGAAGAAAAGCCGUUUGGGAAUGUACAACGGCGGUGGCAGUACUCACUCUCGGCAACACAGCGGUGGCCGCUCCGGCAUCGCGAUGCCAACCCCCGGACGAAGCGGUAUCAUGAGCUCAAUUGAACGCAUGGGCCGUGGAGGUAACUAA